AGCAAAUAAUGUACUCCUUUUCAAACCUAUUUUCUCAACGAAAACAACAAGAAUAAAAAUGAUGAAAAGCGUCUUAUUAAAAUCAUUAUUUCAAGGAAUACUUCAUAAAUUUCUAUGGAGAAAUGGUGAAGUUAUCGAUAUUAUAGUAUAAGAUACUCUUGUUACAUGAUCAGAAUGGGGCAUCUUUUUGACGCGAUUCUGACGAUUGAUAUGGGUUCUAGAAUUAGAUAUCGGUAACAUAUGCCCUCUUAAUUGCGCCUAAUGUACUUCGAAGAGAAGGGCGGAAACGAUAUCGCACAUAAAAGCCAAUACCGAAAACGCCUUCUCUUGCGAAUAAACCUUUAUGGCCCAAGUCGUUAAACCCCGCGGGAUUAUCCCGACGUAGGAUCAGCGGCAUGACAUUAGUUCUUAUAUAUAUACGACCAUCGUCAUUAAGAACUCUUUAGCUGAAAUACCACAGUUUCAUCCACAACCAACACGAUAUAGCCUCAUCUCAUUACAUAUAUCUAUAAUAUUCACCAACAUAAUCAAAUCCAUCAUUGCAAGGACGGAAGAAAACGAAUAACCCAUAAUGGCCGACUUAUCUUCUGUUUUCAAACAGGCUUUCUUCUCUGGAAAGCCAACUUUCACAGAGAAGGAUGUCCCGGAUUUGACUAAUAAGGUCACCAUCGUCACGGGAUCUAACACUGGUGUCGGCAAGGAGAUCGCUCGAAUUCUCUACUCCAAGAAUGCCACGGUUUACCUAAUGGCACGAUCUGAAGAGAAGACGAAGAAUGCCAUCGACAGCAUCAAGGCCGCUGCUCCCGGGUCUAAAGGCGAAUUGGCAUAUAUCCGCCUCGACCUAGCUGACCUCCCGAGCAUCAAGACGACGGCUGAGGAGUUCCUUAGCAGAGAGCAAAAACUUGAUAUACUUUUCAACAACGCCGGUGUCGCGUACCCGGAGAAGGGAUCCAAAACGAAGCAGGGCUACGAACUCCAGUUCGGCGUGAACUGUCUCGGCACAUUUGCCUUGACACAACUCUUGACGCCGAUCCUAGUGUCAACAGCGAAGACAGCGCCUCCCAACAGCGUUCGCGCAAUCUGGCUAUCGUCCUCGGCCGCCCUGAAUAUAGACCCCAAGGUCUUCCUAAAGGGCGUGCACAACAUCGAGAAGCUAGGAGAGAUGGAAAAGUACUGCAUCAGCAAGCUCGGGAACUACUUGCACGCUGCCGAAUACGCAAAACGCCACAAGGCAGAUGGUGUGCUGGCCGCCUCGUUGAAUCCCGGAAAUCUCGACUCGGACUUGUGGCGCACUCAGGGGCCUAUCACAACUUUCUUCCUCCGGAAGACGGUUUUCUACCCGGUUGUUUAUGGCGCGUACACGGCUCUUUAUGCUGGACUCUCGCCUCAUAUUACCUCCGACAACUCUGGCGUCUUCGUUGCCCCGUGGGGAAGGAUCUGGAAAAUCUCGAAAGGGAUGUCCAACGCAUCGAAGAGCAAGUCUGAAGGCGGUAGUGGAAUCGGGGAGGAAUUCUGGCAGUGGAGUGAAGAGCAGGUUAAGAAGUAUUUCUGAUUGAUGUUUAAGGGGUUGCGCUUGGAUUAAUCUGGUAUUGGGAGAAGAGACGUAAGGGAUAAUGGGAUGGAUUUUAGAUCUCUCUUGUGCUUGGACUGCUAUAGUUUUAUUCCUAGUUUAUACGGAUUAUGCCUUUUGUCGGCAGCCGUUUCAUUAUGUUGAAGGAUAGGUUUAGUGAGUCUUAGAUAUUAACGAUGAACGUUCUAUAGAAUAGGGACUAAGAGAUCUUAGCAUGAUGAUUGAGGAUGAUGCGUAAUGACUUUGUAUGGACGAUAUUCUAUGAAACAAGCCUCAAAUAUGUCUACGCGGA